AUGCGGCAAAAUAGGAUGGCCCAGCUGAAGCCGAAGAAGUCCACCGAAACUAUACGGACGGUGGUAACGGCUGAAACGGACGGCAGCGAGACACCAAUCAACCCUUUCCAUCUCGAAGACCUGCCGUCUAGGAUAGGGAACUCUGGGGUACGGCUUACUGUCCCCUCGCCCAUGGCUGAGAAGCCACCACCGCGGGUGUUUGACUUCGAACAAGUUGUGCGGAGGGACUUCUCAUCGCCAGCCUUGAGAAAAGACAAGCCACAGCCACAGCGAAAGGACCAGUCCACAGAAGAGAGCGAUGAUCUCAUGACUAUCAAUGAUAUUUCCUUCCCGUCACCCCCAGUGAAGAACCCGAUGCGCUUCGUUCCCAGGCGACAACUUCCGCCUCUCCCCACUAUCCCUGAAGUGACCGUCACGGCACCGGACAGCAAGGGUACAACAGGUUCACAUCGACAUAAGAACCCAUUUGCAAUUCCGCCCGCUUCAGACGAACAUGUCUUCCUAAAGAGCACUCCCUUCACGCUGACAAUGCCGACAUACCGUCACGGACCUAUCCGCCUCGCCAAGGACAACGGAGCCAAGGAGCCGCGUGCCCGAGCUGACGAGACCACGCUCGACUGGACCGCUUUCCAGAUGGCUAUCCUCGGCGGUGCCGGCGACUUCUUCUCAGGGACGACUGAUUACAUCCGACGACAGUGGUGGCGGGAAGACGACGACGACGACGACGACGACGAGGACGACGACUUCUUCGACGAGGCCGCCGACCUGGCCGACUGGUUCGACUCGCUCGGCUUCGAGCACGGCGGGCUGCUCGUCCCCGCGGCGAUGCCGCCGCCGCUCUCCACGCCCAGCCUGUCGUCCGUCACGACGGCCGCGACCGCCGACGAGCACUCGCCCGUGUCGCCGACCGCGUCGUCCCUGCUGUCGGCGCAGAACCUGCCCAUCCCCGUGGACUCGGAGUUCCCCUCGGGGUUCUGGAACGAGGCCGGCGACCGGCGCGGCGCGACGUCGCCGUCCACGGUGCGCAGCCGGCGCAACAAGUUCGCCGCGGGCGGGGAGCACGGGCUGCGGCGGUGGACGGGCGAGGGCCAUCCGAAGCGGUACGUCAGCCGCGCGAGCGUGGACAGCCUGCCGCAGAGCCCGAUGCUGGACCUGGUGAUGAGCGAGGAGGGGGUGAGCGAGACGCGGGACAGCGGCGGGGUGCUUACUGUGCCGAUGGGAUACAACCUGGGCCAUGAUUUGGGGGACUUCCUGAGGUGGGAGGCCGAGUAUGUUUCUGCUGGCGGACUGUAUGGCUCGGAGUAG